GACCUCAGGACUCGUGGGGCGAUUCCCCGGCGAUGUUGCGCUUAUGUUUCUUCAUGCUGUUGUACCAUCCACACAGCUCCCUCGCCCUCCCUCCCUUCCUGUCCUCUUUCUUCUCUCCUCUCCCUCUCUCUCUUCCUCUCUCUCUCUCUCUCUCUCUCGUUCUCUCUUUCCCUGUCUUUCUCUUUCCCACUGUCUUCCUGCUCGGACCAUGGAACCCAACAGUCCCAAGAAGAUCCAGUUUGCGGUUCCGCCUCUACAGAACCACCUAGACCCACAAGCUGCAGAACAUAUCAGGAGGAGAAGACCUACACCAGCCACUCUGGUCAUAUACAGCGACCCUUCAGCAGCAGCUGACGACAAGCGGACGACGGGCAAUCCAGGAGAGGCCCCGGGUGCAGAACCAGCCCCUCCGCAGGUGGAUCUGAGGGAUUACGCCCCGCCCACCAUGAGAGAGCUGCAGCUGGUCAUGGAGCAGCACCUUCAGAAGCAGGAAGACAUGGAGGCAGGACCAAGUGUAGGCAUGGAGCCCUCGAGUCCAGUCACGGAGCAGUAUUGCCCCAGUAUUGGCCAAUGGACCAAUUACAGCAACCCGCAGAACAAUGGGAAUGAGGGUUACACAAGUUCACUUCAUAGUGCGGAGGAGAGCAUGGAAAGCAGCUCCACUGCAGGUAAGUUCCAUGUGCUGCUGUUAUUCUUCACCAUAAAGAAUGGAUCAUCGAUGAAUUUACAUUAUGAGCUUGAAAUUGCUGUUCAUGAGAAAUGUAUUCCCUGCUAUAUACCUGUGUGGUAUUCUCAGAGAAAGAUUGAUGAAGAAAUAUAUGUAGUUUGAGAUUCCUGAUCCUCCAAAAAACAAACAGAACUGUAGAUUUCUGAAAUCUGACAAGUUAACAUAAACCUAGAAUGAAUUCCUUCAGGAUACGGGAACUGAAGUGCUUGCCAGGUGUCCGUUUAAACACGUAAGGGGAGGAAAAGCAGCCAGCAAAACAAGCCCGGUCACCUGACAGCCCUGUGAGAGAGCUGUGGCCACAGGGGGCAGCGGCACGGAACAGCCAUCUGAUGUCUGCAAGCCAAACCUCUUUAUGUCACGAACAAUUUGUCUCCAUGGUAUCUAGAGGGCGGUACCUUCUUCAGUGUUUUAAUCCUUGACAUUUGUUCUGAACACAGACCUUCCUGUCUCGCCAUUGCAAGCAUCAAUAUGAUGUAAAUAUUACUUCCUGAAUGGCUGAUUUCAAGCGAUAUUCUGGAGACUGGAGAGGCUGUCCCUCAGGAUUAUUUAUACGAUUGCUUUGCGUUGUGUUCUCUUCUUCUCUUUUUCUGGUUUGUAUGAUCUUAUUGUGUAUAAUGUUCAUCUUCAUCAAUGUAUUUACGGUGCCUUACAGGAGAUUUGUCAGCAUCAGAGUUCCAGCAGGGAACCCUGUCCAGUCCAUCGUCCAUCUCUCGAUAGCCAGACUACCCUGAGGAGCUUUCUUCUGGCCUACAGCUGUCCUUCACCCACCAAAAUGCAUCUCACACCACAAGCCGCCAUCGCCACCUCCAUUCUUACCCACAGUUCAGCAAUAGUUUUCUCGCUAUAUACCGUGUUGGUAUUUAUUAUAUAAAAUUAGAUUUUUAUCUAUGGUUUGUUCUGACGGGAGAUGGCAUGGUGAUUUUCAUAAUGAUCUUUUUAGAUAAAGAAUACUUGUAUCAUUUCCAAUGGUUUGUCUAAGUUUGGCCUUGUUAAAGCAUUUAAUCCACCUGUGUAAUGUG